ACUCUCUGAAAUAUCAUUGCCAGAAAAGAAUUGGCAUAAAUAUUUUGUUAGUAUCCUAAUGAGAUAUACUCCCAGACCUCAAUCCUCGUAACAAAUGUUCAACUUGUGUUACCAAUUCUUAAAUUAUCAACUUUAGGAGGAAAAUUUAUCCAAUCUUCUUGCAAAACCUUCUGUUACCUUACCAUUAUCUUGAUGGCCAUCACCUUCAGCUAUUGGGAUGAUUGUGUUGACCCACAGGAUUUGGAGGCAAUGUGGAAUGUACCCGAAGUGAGUGCUGAAUGGCUGAAAGCUGGAGAGGAGAGAUGUCGAAAGGUUCACCUCUCACGUGAUCCUGAUGGGCAACCAUAUUUAACACAGACUGAAAUGAGGGCUGUAGCUGAUAUUGUUAUUAGCAGGCACUUUCCUUCAGAGAUAGAUCCUGGCAUGAUCUGUGCUAUUGCUGAAAUUGGAAGUGAUAGGAAACUACUUGUUAUGAACUCCGGCCAUAAAUCUAAAGAGCCUAAUGUGGGGCUUAUGCAACUCCUACCCAAAACUGCUGAGUGGUUGAUGAGCUUGCAGUGAGUUAGGUUAUCAUUCAUAUGCAGCACAAGAGAAUAUAGAACUCUUGUUCAAACCCUUCAUAAAUGUAUAUUUUGGUGCUGCUUAUAUCAAAUGGUUGUCAAAUUUUGAUAAGAAGUAAAAAAAGAAGUGAAGAGUUUAUUGCAAGGGCAUAUAAAGGGGGUACAAAGAAGGCAACUCAUAAAUCAACUUUGUGCUAUUGGAAAUGCUAUCUCUCGGUCAAAGGAAGCUUCCCAUCCAGUCCUUCACCAAUCAAUGCUCCAGCUCCUGCUCAUUCUCAUUCUCAUGCAGGAUAUCCUAUAACUUCAUCAGAAAACACAAGAGGUCACUUCCUAUCCCCCUAUCCUCCAAUUUUUAAUGUGUUAUUUCUCAAAAGUGAAAUGCAAAAGGCACUGAUUGAUCUCAGAUGCAAAAGUUUUUGUAGCUACCCCUUUCCGAAGACAAUGUUGGAUUCUUUAUUUUAGAUGUUCAGAUUAUAAUAACAGUGGUGGACCAGUGCUUGAAGAUCUCCAUAGUGGGGGAUGGGGAGUUAUGCAACCUUUCCUCAAGAUGUAUGCUAAGGAUCAUCCUUGUAUUUAGUUUAUAAGGAGACAAAAUAAAUUGCUUAAAGUAGUAUUUUCUAAAAACUUUUCAUUUUACCUGUAUAAUCAAAUUUGAAUAUUUUAUUUUUUGAAAAUAAUUCCACAAGCUUUUAAAGAAUGUUAGUUGAAAGGAAAGGGAAACUGAUUGACAAACUAAGCAGAAUUCAGGAUAAAGGUGUCACCUUUUGAUGCCUAAAGGGGCCAUGUCCUCCCCAAAUUUUUAAAACUUGACUUUUUCAUAUUUAUUCAAAUUUUUAACUUUUCCCCUCAAAUAAAUUUCUCAUCCUACCCAUUCAGAAUUUUCCUCUAGCUUUGUUUGUAUCAUGAUAACUUGAUUUGCAGUAGCACCAAGUCAAGCUCACAGCUGAAUGUAGUUUCUGUUCACAAUGUUAUGAACAUAAGCAAAAAAUCCUGUAGAAUCUACAUUUUGUACAUAACAUGGGAUGACUCCUUUGCCUUGAAGGCCCUUAUCUUGCAAAGGUGUAUUUGUAGUAAUACUGGCACGUGUAGUUAUGCCCAAUAUCAAUUUAAUAUAUAUGCUUAAAUACAUUGG